CCCAUCUCCCCCCAGGCCAAAUCAGCCCCGUUGGGCUCCGCAGCCCCUGAGAGCAGUGGAACAUCGGAGCCCUCGGCUGCCCCGGGCCCCCCCCCGGCCCCCGACAGUCCCCCCCCCCCAGCUGCCCCCAGUGAGGAGGCUCCAGCCCCCGAGCUGCCCCCAGUCACCCCCCCGGAGCCCACAGCAGGCUCUGUCCCCCCCCCAAGCAGUGGGGGGCGCUCAGCUGAUGCUGCCUCAACGCUCGUGACGGGCUCCGAGUACGAGACGAUGCUGAAGGAGAUCAUGUCCAUGGGCUACGAGCGGGAGCGCGUGGUGGCCGCCCUGAGGGCCAGCUACAACAACCCCCACCGGGCCGUGGAGUACCUGCUCACGGGCAUCCCCGGCAGCCCCGAGCCCGAGCGCCCCCCGGUGCAGGAGAGCCGCCCCCCGGAGCAGCCCCCUGCUGAAGGGGAGAACCCUCUGGAGUUCCUGCGGGAGCAGCCGCAGUUCCAGAACAUGCGCCAGGUGAUCCAGCAGAACCCGGCCCUGCUCCCGGCGCUGCUGCAGCAGCUGGGCCAGGAGAACCCCCAGCUGCUCCAGCAAAUCAGCCAGCACCAGGAGCAGUUCAUCCAGAUGCUCAACGAGCCCCUGGGCGAGCUGGGGGAGGUCGAGGGGGAGAUGGGCGCCAUCGGGGACGAGGCCCCACAGAUGAGCUACAUCCAGGUGACGCCGCAGGAGAAAGAAGCCAUAGAAAGGCUCAAGGCCCUGGGCUUCCCCGAGGGCCUCGUCAUCCAGGCCUAUUUCGCCUGCGAGAAGAACGAGAACCUCGCCGCCAACUUCCUGCUCAGCCAGAACUUCGACGACGACUGAGAGGGGGGGGCCCCCACCCCCUUCCCCCUCCCCCCUCCCCCUCUUCAAUGGGGGAGGG